AUGACUCGUCGGCCUUCGUUGCCACCCUCGCCGGCCUUUGUUGUCACCGACGAGGUGGCAACCACAGGCAAAUUUCGAAAAGAAAAUAUAAUGCUCAGUUCCGAACGGCGGCGGCGGCUCUCUCUCUAUCUCUCUCUCCGGCGUCGCAGAUUAGGCACCGCCGGUGAGGUUGAAGCCGAAUUCAGUAGCAGAAGGGUAGCACGGAAGGGCGAGAGGAUGUCGUCCAUGAAGGGAUUGGCCAAGGCGGAGCCUGUUUGGCUCAAGGCCAUGCAGCAGUCAGUCAAUUUUUAUCUGUUGUUUGCCCCUUUACCAUGUACUUUUCAUAAUGCUGUAAUGGCCUCCUUGAUGCUGGAAGUAGAGGGUACUUGCUUGUUCUGUGAAAGCCUCAAUCUUUGCCAAUCGGGUUGCUUCAGGGCACCACCUGCACUUUUCCCUCGUGCCGAUGAAAUCAAGCAGAUCGCUCUCCCUGAGGAUGUCUAUGUUAAAAAGUUUUUCCAGAAAUAUCUGGACUCAAAGCAUGAGGAUGCGAUCAAAAUAUGUGGUUUUGACCCCCCUUCAGCCUUUGUUUUCGGUCAAGGAGUCCUUGAGUUGAAGGAAAGUGGAGUUAGUGUGGAAGAGGCUAUGGCUGUAGCAGAUAUGGAAUACCGACUAGAGAAGAAGGCAAAGCAGCAAGCAUAUGCUUGACUGAAGCAGGUUGCGAAGUUUCAAGGCAGGAGACCUCCUCCUAAUCCUUACCCCAGUGCUAUCAAAGAGAUACAAGCAGAAGAGAGAAAGCAUGUUUGAGAUUGUUGCCAUAAUCCCGUAAUCCGCAAAAUAAUCUAGAAGAUGAAAGAAGAGAAGGCAGCUGAAGCUCCGUACAGAAUGGGAGGAGGUGGCUAUAGAGUUUGAAGUAGCUCAAAUUGAAAAGUUCUUGGCUUGCUUUUGGAGCCUCACAUCAUAAUGACAUUGUCACUCCUUUUCAAUAAGAGAGAAAACGUUGUCUUUGAAGAUCUGUUUGUCUUAGUCAAGCUUACACCACUUUAUUAUAUAUGAAAGCAUGUGCCAUGAUGGGAUUGGAUUUAAGAACAAGACCAGAUAGAAUUAUUAGGAUUUGGUAGAGGAACUGUUUUGAAUUAGAUAGCCUUCUUUAUGCUUGAAUCCCAUCUUCGCCGAUUUCACUAUUUGAAGAAAUGAUUCGGCUUUCACGGUAUUGAUCGGAAUGAUACCACGAGCGCUUUAGGGCAUUGCAACCGAUGUCUGUACAAGUGCAAUCUAUCUUGGCUCAAGGGAUGCUUCGUCUGUGCGCUCGAGGAACUUGUCAUGUGGAAAUGAGCAAGAAAAUCGAAAUGGAGGUCCUCUUUGGAAUUAAGUUGGCAGUUUGAUUGAGGAACUUUUCUUGCUAGAUGAGGUUGAUCAAUCGUUUGAUUGUGUUUGCUGAUUUUUUUGUCUUGUUCACUUGAGAUAUCUGCUGAUUCUGUGGUGGUUUCUGUCUUUGUUAGCUCCUGUAUUGCAAGGUAAGCAAAAAGAACAGACAUAAGACAAGGAGAAUGGUGCACAGGAUAUUCGGUUAGUUCCAUAGUAUAGGGCUCCUGUACCGGCUAAUAAGGCAUAGGAAGUGCAUUUUUCUAACAGAAAAAAUUAAAAAUUGGAAGGAUUGAGCGGAACGAAGUAACUUACCUAAAAGCAGAGGAAUUAUACCCUUUUGGGGUAACUGCUAAUGGCUACUCCAUGGGGCAGGCCUACCAAGGAAGGCCGUGCCUGCCCUAGGGGGCGGGGGGGUUGUGUAUUUUGUCAUGAUGUAGCAGCAUCACGGCAGGGACUUCCUUAAUGAUCAUCACGCACUCCUAAAAGUUCAAGAGUAGGCUUGAACUGCUCCCUGAUUCCCAUUAAUCGCUGCCAAAACUUACCUUUUAAUUCAACUUAAUGUAUCGACUUCACAGCUCCACCAUUUAUGCUUUGUUUGGGAAGGAAGAGAGGGACAGGAGAUGAGGGGUGGGUGAGGAUAGUGGGGUAAAAAUCUCAACUUUUGUGAGGAGGAGAGGGGGGAAAUUUGUAAUGUUCCUUGCAUUUUCCUCUCCUCCAUGUUUACGAAAUAGAGCAAGAAUUCAUGAAUGGUAUGUGGAAACUGAAGCUGAUAGAAAGACCACUUCCUUCAUUACCUUGGAAAUUUACAAUAUUUUGUUUCAGUUGACUUCCUUUAAGUGAAGCUCCGUUAAGUCUAUAAUUUGUUGAUGUGUAUAAUGCAGAGAAAAUAAGGGAGGGACUUUUCUCUGGUUAGCAAAAUAAUGCUUUAAGAAUAGGAGCCCUUUGGAAUUGGCUUUCAGUCAUAUGUUCUGCGUUCUGCCUUAAAGGCUGCUGAUGCUUUGCCUGUUGUUUGAUGCAGCCGCUCAUUGGUUUAAUUGCAGGAAAGUUUUGAAAGAAAUGGAUCGUUGAAAUUUUGGCGGCAUUUUGAGCCUUAUAUCAAUGUUUUGCUCCUCGAUAGCACAUCUCUUAUUCACGAUGAUGAAGUUCAGCAAGUAUUGUGCAACACACUGGAGGAGAUUUCUUCAGAAAAACAUUAUCAGGGGAAAUGCUUGUCGAUAUAGGUUCAUGCUUUGCAGUCAUUUGAGGGAGACAUCGCAGGGAAAACAUGAUGCAGAAGCAGAUCGGAUUUUUCUCUUUUCUAGGUAUCAAUUAACGGUCUCUUCAAUAGUUAUGGCAUCUCUUCCCCAAUGUUUUCCCGGUAUGUACAUGAGGAAUAACAAUAGAAGUCUAAUCUCAUCUUACACGGAGUGUGUUUUCUGUUCA